GGUUUUCGUGAAUGGAUCCAAAGUCAUGUUGGCAAUCCUGGACUGUGCUGGAACGAGUGAAGCCAGCCAGCUGUACAGCCAUGAGAGCUUAUAAGAAGAAGGAUCGCAACGAUGGCUCUCAGAAUUAUCAGAGAGCCAAAUGUGAAAAUAUUUCGCUGCUUGUGUAGGCCAAACUGAAAGAGAGACCGUCGAAGGAGUUCGCUUGUGUUCGGAUGUACUAACGCCAUCCUAGAACACAGCUUCUCCCUGAUCGUGUUUCUUUGAAUUUUGGCCACACGAUUGUAAACAAAUCUUCGACGAGGAUCAGCUCAACCCACAGCACUCUUCGGUUCACCAUUUCCAAACACGUCGUCCUUGAAGUAUAGUUGACAUAAUUGUGGAACCACUGGUAGUGCGAUCAGCAAUCAUUUCGUGUGACCAGCAGUUAUCUUGUAUCUUCAGCCAGAAACGCGAAAGUGAACAACGUUCCAGCAGUCAAAAUGUCUUCCAGGGAAGUUCUGUCGAUUCACAUCGGACAAGCCGGCGUGCAGAUGGGGGCUGCGGCCUGGGAGCUCUACUGUAUGGAGCAUGGCAUUUCCAAUGAAGGACAAUUAAACCUGGAUGCCUCUGGGUCCGAAGUGAGGCGCGAGAGCAAUGAUAGUGGCAUCGCGCACGUAGACAACUGCAGUUUGGAGCCGUGCUCCACGUUCUUUGCCGAGAACGGAGCUGGCAAGUUCACACCCAGAGCACUCUUCAUCGAUCUCGAACCCAACGUUGUGGACGUCAUCCGCACGGGCGAUGGACGUCGCCUCUUUCAUCCCGACCAGAUGAUCUCCGGCCAGGAGGAUGCCGCCAAUAUUUUCGCUCGCGGCUGCUUCAGCGUGGGCCGCACCAUCGGCGACAGGGUCGAAGACCGCAUCCGCAAAAUGACUGAGCACUGUGACAGUCUGCAAGGCUUUAUCAUCACCGACUCGUCCGGAGGCGGCACAGGGUCCGGGUUUGGCAGCAAGUUGCUCAACGUCCUGGACGUCGACUUUGCCAAGGAGAUCAAGAUGGAGGUGUGCGUGCAGCCGUCCCCCAACAUGUCCUCCGCUGUCGUGGAGCCCUACAAUGGCAUUCUCCACCAUGGCUACGUCAACGGCAGCAGUGGCCAGCGCAACGGCUGCUGCUUCAUCGUUCAGAAUGAGUCCAUGUACGGCGUGUGCAAGAAGCAGCUAGACAUUGAGCGACCGAGCUUCUCGCACGUCAAUGCCUUGCUUGCUCAGGUCACAUCCUCUCUUACCGCCUCACUGCGAUUCCCCGGCACUCUGAACGUGGAUUUGGCCGAGUUCCAGACCAAUCUGCUUCCGUUCCCAUCCCUGAGGUACCCGCUGACAUCGUUUGCGCCGUUGAUAAGCGUGGAGAAGGCACACUACGAGCAACAGACCACGGCGACCAUCACACGGCAGUGCAUUGAAAAAGAGCAGCAGCUGGCCUGCUGCGACCCAGCACGUGGAAAGUACAUGACGUGUUGUUUCCUGUACCGCGGUGACAUCAGUCCCAGUGAUGUAUACAAGAGCAGAAGCACCCUGAAGCAAAUGCGCUCCAUGCAGUUUGUGGACUGGUGCCCAAGCGGAUUCAAGGUCGGCAUUAAUCGUGUUGCACCGGUGGUGACUCCAGGUUCCGGUAUGGCACCAGUGCCACGCUCGGCGUGCCUGCUCUACAACAGCUCAGCCAUCAGUCAGACCUGGGAGAACACGAUCAAGCAGUUCAACAUGCUCAUGCACAAGAGAGCCUUUGUCCACUGGUAUGUUGGAGAGGGCAUGGAGGAGGGAGAGUUUACGGAGUCGCUCGAGAACAUCCUGGUGAUGCAGAAGGAUUAUGAGGAGGCCACCUCCGACACUGUCGUGGCGGACGAGAGCGAGGAAGAGUUUUGAGUGCUUCCUUCAUAAGAUAUCAUUGAUGAGACCUUGGAAGGUGCGAACAGCUACUCGUCCAGAGAGUAUGACAUAAUACCAGGAGUAUGACGUUGCUAUAAUGUUAUUAUAUUUUAAACAGUUUUAUUGAUAUUUUAAAGGAUUACGAGAACUUCAAAUUCAAGGAUCAACCGGGGAAGUGAACUGCCUGACAAGAGAAAAACAUGCCAGACCUACCAGGACUCGAAUCUGGGAAAUUUCUUGUCCUGGGCAAUGCUCAAACCAUCUGAGCUACGGGGCCAGGCUGCACCUAACAGGUUUUUCACUCCAAAGAGCAUUACUCGUGACAAGCACGCUCCCGGCUUCGAGUCCAGAGUCGCCGACUGAUCUUUUUGAAUUAUUAUACUAUUUAGUGUAUGCGAUUCGGCCACUAUCACAGCAUCUUCCACAGCUCUAUUUUAAUGUUUUAUCCACAGUUAUGUUCACCUCCAAAUUUUCCUCCUCUUUUAUCUCUAGUCCUUUUAAUUACAGGCCGGCAAGGCUUAUUCUGCCUUAUUCACUAAGCACCAAUUUUCAUAUGGCUAACACUAGAUCAAUAGUGGAACUAAGAAUCAAAGUAGAGCUAAGUAUGAAGCAGAUAUGCACCAAGCAUGGCUUGCGAUACAUGGGAUCUGCGUGUACUCUAGUUUCCAUGCUGUUCCAAAGACAUACUUCUAUAAAAAUCUGUGUUUAAUUUAACCUCAAUGCAAUCGUGUAUAGAAGAACAUUAUCAAGUACAGCC